AUGACUUCAAAAAGCUCUAACACUUUUAGUAGUCGGAAGAAUCGUAGGACAUCUGACGAUAGCCCCGCGUCCUUGCCCAAACGCUCCUCUGACGCUACGGCUCCGACCCGGUCGACCCCGUCCACGACGACGCCGACGACGACCAACACCAGCCGCAGCAGCAAGCGACGACAAUCCAAAACCGUUACGCGAGACUCGACCCAGACAAUCGCCAGCAGCAGUGUCUUCUCUCGAAGUUCCAACUCGACCGGCCUGACCGCCAUCUCGAGCUCAGCAAGUGCUCUCUCCCCCGUCGAGACUGCUGGUGCGGGUGACCGCGACUCCUUCGUCUCCAUCGUCGACGACCCUUUCUUUCAGCGCUUCGAUCCCGCCAACACCGCCCACGCUGAGCGUGAGGCGUUCGACGAGGGCACCCCGGCCGAGCCACACAACGAUAGCGAUGACAACAACAAGACUCAGCCUUGGCCACCUCCCCGUCGAGAAUCUUUGACUAUUGGGCCCUCACAGUACUGGCCACACCACCCCAUUUCCGCAAUGGAGAGUUACAACAUUGCCAUUAUCGGCGCCGAUGCUGUAGGCAAGUCAACUUUUGUCCAGCGCGUACUACGUCUGUCUCGCCCGCCAGUGACAAACACCUCCAGCGCACGCCAGGUAGUCGAUUCCAUUGCCCACAUGGUCACACUGGUCGAGCUGGAUCUCGAACAUUUCGAGCUUAACCCAUCCCAGCCAAUGCAAUGGCCAAAACAAAUAAACGGCCAGAUCGUUCCGCGAAUGGAUGCAGCGCUUAUCCUGUACGAUGUUACGACGGAAGAGUCCAUUCGCCAGCUGCCACAAACUGUCGCCGCUCUUACCAACUCGGGCCUGCCCGCUAUGCUUGGAGCAUGUAAAUGUGAUAGCCCAGAGGACGACUGGGAGGUAAAUGCAGACGAGUUGGCAAAUUAUCACCUAUUCAAGUCAUGUGUUGGCCAAUACAAAAUUUCGAUUGAUAGACCCGACAUUUCUCAGGCAUGUCUACAGGCUGUGAUUCGAGCAGCUGUCACGCACAGACGAGACGAGAAUAAUGAAACGGUUUUGAGGAGACGGGCGCAGUCCGCAGCCAACCUGGAAGCACCCGAUCCAUCAGCUGGCCGCCCUCUGAGUGAGCACAGCAAGCACAGUAGAGCGAGCUCAGACUUCUCCAUCCUCCGAACGUUUCCCAACCAGCAAUCCGGCGAAAACUACCGUACGCAAGCAUCAAGAAGUCCCCGACCAGGAUUUCGUACUGACAAAUCUGGAUCCGACUCUUUUCUCGAUAUCGACGAAUCCGAUUCCGAAUCUCGCAGAUACUCAGAUGAUAUUCCUAUACUUCAGCGUAACGACGAUGUCAUUAUCGAAAAGCAACCGAAGCUUACAGGCGUCACGUUUGACGAAUUGGUAGACCGAUUACUGGCCCCCCGACUUUCAAGAGUGGACAACAAUUUUUCCGAUAUAUUCCUCUGUUUAUAUCGAAAGUUUGCUGCACCAGGAGAGCUCUUCUCAGCAAUCCUCGUCCGGUUAGACAAGGCCCGAGACGAUAAAGCGGCGCAUUAUCUUACUAGAACAGCAACUCAACUACGAAUUAUAGAGGUUGUAGCGAAAUGGGUGUCACUGUAUCCUGGGGAUUUUGCUCGUCCCACAACGCGGCGCAAUCUCGAAGAUUUUAUCAAGCACUUAUCGACAGAGCCAAUAUUUGCAAUUGCUGCACAACAAAUGCGACGUAAUCUUUAUUUUAACGUUAUUGAGGAUGAUGACACGGGUUGGGCAAAUUCGGACAAUUCCAGUGACGAGAUUGCGAGCAAAAUUCUGUCCAAGGACAUGGACGAACUAUCUGCGGGAAUCCACGCGUUACAAUUUAACGGCGAAUCCGAUAGUUUGGGAGGCUCAGAGAACCCUUCCACAGACAGAGGUAGCAGGACGGGCAUCCAAGUUCAGUUCAAUUCAUACGAGGAAUAUGAAAGAGAAGCCACAUUAUUGGAGCCGUCAGAUCACCUCCCAAUGAAUAAAUUUCGAUAUCACAUAUUUAUGGACAUCUCUGAUGACGACUUCGCCGACGAACUUACUCGUAUUGAUUGGAUAAUGUUCUCUUCGAUACGAAUCCGUGAUUUUGUCCGGCAUGUCAGCUUGUCAGCAGCACAGAAGGACAAGUGCAAGAGCUUGCAGAAUGUGAACAGAAUGAUUAAUCACUUCAACCACAUCGCCAAAUGGGUGGCAAAUAUGAUUUUACUGCGAGACAAAGCAAAGCAUCGGGCACAAAUGCUGGAAAAGUUCAUGAACAUUGCGCUGGGACUGCGGCGGCUCAACAACUACAACGGCCUAGCCGCCGUGUUGGCCGGAAUCAAUGGAACUGCAAUUCAUCGCUUGGCACAAACUCGUGCUCUUGUGCCAGCGGAUGUACAGAAACGGUUUGCACGGUUGGUCAUUCUCAUGGGAACGCAGAAGAGCCAUUUUGCUUAUAGGUUGGCGUGGGAAAACUCCCCGCUGCCACGAAUACCGUUCAUUCCACUGCAUCGGCGUGAUCUUGUGUCAGCUGAAGAAGGCAGUAAGACUUUUGUUGGACCAAAUGAUGACCGCAUUAAUUGGAAGAAAUUUGAGGUGUUGGGAGAGGUGUUGCUGCCGAUCAUGAAGAGUCAGGGAACAGCAUACCCCACUUUGGCCAAGCAUGAGACGGCGCGAGAUUUGAUCCUGGGGUGUCGCAUGCCCACAGAUGAUGAGGAUGACAAGGGAAAGGAAGCGAGAGUUAGCGGUUUGGAUAUCUCUUUUGUUUCUGGCCUCAGGCCCCGAUACAUGAUAUCCUGCCUAUUUUGUGGUAUUGUCGAGUUUGCAGCCUGGCUGCCUGAAAAUCUGCCGAACAAUGGGAGCUGGGGCCGCUCCUUCCUCGCAAGUCCCAAGCAGGAGACAGCUCGUCAGAACCUCCCCUACGCAAUGGAAUUACGAACCCUUGAACUGCUGACGAACCUGAACCAUCAAAGCUCAAUUAUGCCUGGCUUUCCUGACAGACCCCCUGUUUUGGGCAUUGCAUUGUUGGCAGAAUGCCACUUUGUUCCAUCUCUCUGCCAGACUUUAGCAUCGCCCACAUGA